CCAGGCUGCCAGUGCUUGCAUGUAGCAGCUGCAGACUUUUACACUCAGUGCUCUGCAGAGGGGAGAGACCCUUACAGAGAAGGGAGAGACCCUCACAUCAAGGCAUAGGAGAUCAGACACCUAAACACAUGAGAUCUGCAUUGUUAAAGCCUACCGGCAAAGGACAAAGAAAGAGCCGGACCCCUGGAAUAGAAGGAGACCACCAAUUCUGGAUUACACUGGGAGGCCUGUAGAGAAGAGAGGACCCCAAGCUGAACCUUGCAGAAAAGGGGAAUUUUUGUUUUGGUUGGGUUUCAUAGGCAACGUGACCGUAGAUGUACAAAGUGGUAGACGAUCCAAAUGCACUGGAAGGCAUGAGAAUCGAGAGACCUUCAAAAUAAAAGGGUGGAGGGUCUCCAUGGUUGCGAACACAUAGAUGCCCCCCAGAUCUCAGCACGGAGGGUUCCAUCUGGGAAAGGACCAUCUGAACAGGAGAGCAAUACCGUGACAGCAGUCAAGAAAGACAGUUGUGACAUCACAGAUCAGGCCCGGCGGUGACCCCGAUCCAUAGGGACCAUCAGAGGUGACAGCCUUGAUCUGUCUAUGGCUCCGGUGCAAGGAUGUAAGAAAAUGACAGCGCCGUAAUAGGACUCACCUGGGAGAUGACUAACACAAGUGGUCGUACCGCUGCCCUCAUAUUCAUAUUUGCUUUAGUCACCUUCCUCAUUAUUCUGAGCUCCAACAACAGCGAGGAACCCUUCAACUACAAGGAUCUCAAAAUCACGCACCACAACCCACCAAAUAUUAGAAAAUGGGGGAUUCAGGACGGCUACAUCCCGGUGUCUGGAAACAAGACACUACACUCCAAAUGCAACAGUUGUGUCCUCGUCACCAGCUCUAGCCAUCUGCUGAACACCGGCUUGGGACCUAAGAUCGAUCAGGCAGAAUGCGUCAUCCGCAUGAACGAUGCUCCCACCACUGGCUAUGAAAAGGACGUGGGUAACAAAACAACUUUCCGGGUAGUUGCCCACUCCAGCGUGUACCGGGUUCUGCGAAGGCCACAGGAAUUUCUGAGCCGGGCUCCAAGACAGACGCUUAUAUUCUGGGGGCCCCCGAUCAAGAUGGUGCAAAACAGCAAAGCUAACCUGUAUCACAUCAUCGAGCGAGCCAGCUCUGCUUUCCCCAACGUGUCAGCCUUCGUUUUGUCUCCUCGGAAUAUGAUGAGGUUUGAUGAGCUGUUUCGGGCAGAGACUGGACGAGACCGGGAGAAGUCUCACUCCUGGCUGAGCACAGGCUGGUUUACAAUGGUGAUUGCCGUGGAGCUGUGUAAUAAUGUUCAUGUAUAUGGAAUGGUGCCACCUAACUACUGCAGCAAGAGACAGCACAAGAUGGCGUAUCAUUACUAUGAGCCUAGAGGCUCUGAUGAGUGUACCACUUACAUUCAGAAUGAGCGUGGACGAAGAGGCAAUCACCAUCGCUUCAUCACGGAGAAACUGGUGUUUGCCCGCUGGGCAUCUGUAUAUAACAUCUCUUUCUCACACCCCGAGUGGUUCAAAGAUCCAGACAACUCAAACUAAAUUGUGAUUUUAAUGUCUUGUCUGUCCUUGUUCCACCUUCACUGGUCUCCUGUGUACGGAAUAGAGUGCUCUCCAGCCUAAGGUGAAGCUCAGACACAGGAUGUCCCGAGUGCCAGAACCGGUCUUUUCUCUAGGCCAGUUCACACUGUAUAGAUAUGGCUGUGAAGCAAGGGAUUCUGGGAGGUUGUAUGUGCUUCUAUUCACUCAGGCACUGCGUUCGGUGGACAAACCAGUCACAGUGGGCUUCAUGAUCGAGACUGUCGCAAAGGAGUGAUGUCUAGGUUGGUCCCAGCAACUAGUGGGCUACUUCUUAACUUCUUUCCAGGCCAGAUCAGAAGAUAAAAGAAGCCCAUUGGUUGCUGGGGACCCAAGUAAUUGUUUUAAAAACCAUUGGUCAUGAUGGGUCACUUUGACAAGGAACAGUGAGGAAAUGUUGAAGAUACUCCUAUUUUUGUCUAUUUUACAACUGCAAUUCAAACAAUGGUGAAGUAGAACAAAGCCAGUUUAUUAUAGCCAUUGAUCCACAAAUUAUUACCCUUUGUUAUUUAACUUUCAGUGAUAUUUGGUCAUUUAAAGAGGUUCUCCAAGAAACCUACCUACACCACAUUCAUUUUAGAAGUGUGUUGCUUAAAAAGACUUAAGCUCUUUCACAUACCCUUUGAAAAGGUUGUCGCAGAUUGGUAUUAACUUACCGUGGCAGUAGUGGUGGAAUUAAAUGGGUAACCAGUCUCACCAACAACUCACCAAACAGGUAUGGGAUGCACUAUGGGAUGUUUCCUAGUCAUGGUCAUAAGGUCAAACUACAGAAUCAACAGCCCAUAGCAUAUUCUGAAAACAAGAUAAAAUCAUGGAAGGUGGUGUUCGCGCUUAGUUACAGGCACAGAUAAAGGCAAACACCAUCAUGCUUAAAGUAACAAUUGUUGUUCAGUUUAAGGCCGACAACGUUCGGGCAGAGACGUUACAUAGGGAUGCUGUGCAGGCAGUCUGGUCAUUCCAAGAAUGCAGAUCAGUGAACCUAAAGGAACCUUUUUGCAUGGGCACUGUUGAAGUCCACGGAGCUUAGUUUAUAUUUUUGAUGGAAGAUUUACAGAAACACUUAAGUGUACCCGUGCUGUAUCAUCAAUAUAUGACAGCCUUUUUCAACCUUUUUAACACAGAGGAACCCUUCAAAAUGACUUUCCAUUCUCUGCAGUGUCUAGGAGUCUCUUCAAACUUCUUUAACGAAACUAUAGAAACCUCUGAAAAAAAACAGGUUCAUAAUAAAUGCACUAGAUGGUGAACACCAAGGAACAGGACCCCUGGUCAUAGCAGAGAAGCCCCAGUAAAAGAACCUGACGUAGAAACUGAGUUUGGCUAGUGGCCAUAAAAUGGUAAAAUGCAGAUUCCUGCAAAGACUAUUGAAAGCCUGAGC